GAUGCAGUGAAACAGAUGGCUUGACCGGUUCCAUAUGCGGCGGCGGCACACGCCAUACAGCAGGGAAAGCAUUCGCCGCAGACCCGUGGUAGAAGAAGAGGGUGAGACCAGUCCAUCUAUUUCUAGCUAUCCAUCUUCUAUAUAUAUACGCAGUUAUAUUAUAUGGCCAAUUAGAUAGAGAUUAGAGAGGGAGCUGGGAAUGAAAUUUUGUACAGGGAAGAGAGAGAGAGAGGGUAGUUGAUGGGAAGGGUUUGAUGUGACUGCCCUUUCUUUUCGCUUUGCUUCCUGGAUCCAACUGCCGCCGCCGCAUCUGUCUUCGUUGAUUCGGUGUUCUUCGAUCGGAUGCCUUUAUCUGCCUAGAUCGGAGCAAGAGCAAAGCGCGGGGUGUAAAUCCUGAGAGGAGGAAGAGAAGGAGGAGAGGAGAUCGAGACCGGCUCCCCCCGUCUUGCUUGUGCUUGUCGCGUACGGUUCUUGUAAGAACCCGCAGCUGCCGCGUCCGGUUCUUUCAAGAACCCGCGGCGGGGAUGGAUCUGUACGACAAGCGAGAGGACAUGGCGUUGCAAGACGGGGACUCCUGCCUGGCUUCCCGGGCUUCGCGGGGCGGAUGCGACGUCGAUUUACAGUGGGUGGAUGGCCUCCUCGAAGGCGCCGGACGGAAGCGGCGUGCGCCGGAAGACUUCGAAGACGAGGUCCAGAAAAUGGACGAGGUGGAUGGCGGUGGCAAGCGCAGCAAGCCGCCGUCACCGCAGCCACACACGCCAGAUAUUCAUGAAGCUCAUGUCCCUGGCCGCCGCACCACCGUGGUGGCUGGUGGUGGGGAGCACAGCGGUGGUGGGGGUGACCUCAUAGGAGAAAUCGGUCGGGACCUGUCCAUCAACUGCCUCCUCCGGCUGUCUCGGUCAGAGUAUGGCUCAGUGGCAUCGUUGAAUCAUGAUUUCCGGUCUCUGGUGAGAGGAGGGGGGAUCUACAGGCUGCGGCGGCAGAAUAACAUAGCGGAGCAUUGGGUGUACUUCUCCUGUAAUGUUUUGGAGUGGGAUGCCUAUGACCCCUACCGCAAGCGUUGGAUCUCGGUGCCCAAGAUGCCGCCUGACGAGUGCUUCAUGUGCUCGGACAAGGAGUCUUUGGCUGUGGGCACCGAACUACUUGUGUUUGGGAUGGCACAUAUUGUCUUCAGAUACAGUAUACUGACAAACUCUUGGUCACGAGGUGAGGUGAUGAACUCUCCUCGGUGUUUAUUUGGGUCGGCAAGCGUUGGUGAGAAGGCAUAUGUUGCUGGUGGCACUGAUUCUCUUGGCAGGAUCCUUAGCUCAGCAGAGCUAUACAACUCUGAGACACAUACUUGGACACCUCUUCCUAGCAUGAAUAAGGCACGGAAAAAUUGCUCUGGGUUGUUCAUGGAUGGCAAGUUUUAUGUAAUUGGCGGUGUGACAAACAACAACAUGGUAUUGACCUGCGGUGAAGUGUACGAUGUGCAGAGCAAGACUUGGAGGGUGAUCGAGAACAUGUCUGGUGGUCUAAAUGGAGUGAGCGGUGCACCCCCACUUGUUGCAGUGGUCAAGAAUGAGCUUUAUGCUGCUGACUAUAGUGAGAAGGAUGUGAAGAAGUAUGACAAGCAGAAUAAUAGGUGGAUCACACUUGGUAAAUUGCCUGAGCGAUCUGUGUCCAUGAAUGGAUGGGGCCUUGCAUUCAGGGCAUGUGGUGAGAGGCUUAUUGUCAUUGGUGGCCCAAGAACGCCAGUUGGGGGAACGAUUGAGCUAACCUCAUGGAUUCCUGAUGACAAGCCACCUGUGUGGAAUCUGAUGGACAGACGGCCAUCUGGAAAUUUUGUGUAUAAUUGCGCUGUGAUGAGCUGCUGAGUUCACUUCAUCAAGGAUUCUGCACAGUGAUGUUUACAAAGAGAGAAGCUGAUGCUCAUGAACUGAAUACAAACAAAAGAUUUCCAUGACACUUAAACCAGUGACUGUUGUGAGUGCUGGGUUCUUUUUUGGACAAGUACCUCUUUGGACUGUUCUUUUUUGAGUAAGGAAAAAGGGCGCUAGAUUUGACAUGGUAAUCUGAAUUUCAAAGGAUUUUGAUUCCUUGUUCUCGAUGGAAAUCUAGCUGGUUUGAGAUGCUCACCAGUCACCAUUUUGUUUGACAAAACUAACUGGUAUAAUCCGUUAUUGGAGUCUGACUGCAAAAAGGUAUAUUUCCAUGUGUUUCGUCCGCAGCACAGGGUUAUUGCACCUGGUAGAAAUCAGGUGCUGUUCCAUCACUAGUUCGACUUGAGAUUUGCUCUGUUUUUUAAAGAAUAAAACAGUGAACUCUUGCACCAUUUCGCUUUUGUUACAUAGUGAUUUUCUGACUUGAGAUUUGCUCUGUUUUUUAAAUACUAUCUGACGGAGGAAUGUAAAUGUGCAAGUUGGCGUAAGGUUCUCGACUCUGAACCUCUGACAUUAACCGUUCUCUUCCAACAUAGUGAUUUUCUGCACUUUACCAAGUUUUUACACCUCUGCAGCAGCUAAUCAUUUUUUUGCUGAAUUAAUAGUUUUUUAUGCGGUAGUGUGAACUACUUUUUUUUUCAUUUUUGUUGGGAGUCUUAACAUGAGGCCAUGACCCAUAAGCACUCAAUUGUCGCACAUAUACGGCAUAUUUUUAUUUUGCUAGCGAAGGAAUACCUUAGUGGAGAAUUUCGUUGAAGAUA